AUGCCGCCGAAGGCUUCUGCCGUCGGAAGCCUCCGAACCGAGAGAGGGCUUGCGGAGCUCAAUGAGCUGCUUUCAUCCAGGUCCUAUGUUGGUGGCCUCACCUAUGCCACCGCAGAGGACAUGGCACUUUUUGCCCAAGUUCACUCUCGGCCAGACCGACAGCAGUACCCCCACUUGCUGAGAUGGUACAACCACAUCGCCGGUCUGCGAGCUCGCCACGCUCCCUAUCACGUGUGGCCGGGACAGAGCCCGCAGGACAAGGCCGGUGAAGGACAGGAGUCCAAGAAGGGCCCGCGCGCACCAGGAAAAGAGAAGCAGGUUCUGCCAUUUGACUGCAAGGUAGAACCAGUCGAAGAUCGACGCCUGGUGCAAGGUGAUGACUCUGUAAAAAGAGGGACAGGCGGGAAGUGCUUUCCUGACAGUGAAAAGGGGCACUAUGGGCGGUACUAUAUCACUACCGCCAUCAACUACUGCAAUGGCUGGCCACAUAUAGGCCAUGCCUAUGAGGCAUUAACCUCAGAUGUUUUUGCCAGGUACCAUCGCCUGCUCGGGCAGGAUGUAUUCUUUAUGACUGGCGCUGAUGAGCACGGGCAGAAAAUUGCUCAAACCGCAGAGAGCGAGGGCCUCCAGCCCCAAGAGAUCUGCGAUCGCUACUGCCUUGGCUUCAGGGCGCUGAAUCAACGUUUGAAUGUGUCGAAUGAUUUCUACGUUCGCACGACAGCUGACCGCCACAAGGCAGUUGCUAGGUCAGUUUGGGACAUCUGCAAGAAGAAGGGGGACAUCUACCUCGACCGCUACGAGGGCUGGUACAUGGUCCGAGAGGAGCGUUUCAUAACAGAUCAGGAGGCGCAGGAGUGGAACUUCAAGGACCCCACCUCCGGAGCUCCGCUGAAGAAGAUGUCUGAGCCAAGCUUCUUCUUCCGCUUGUCCAAGUACCAGGAAAAGGUGGUCAAGCUCAUCGAGGACAAUCUGGAGUUUAUUCAGCCAGCCCAGUACAGAAAUGAGAUCCUUGAGCGGCUGAAGUCCAUCGAGGUCCCAUUGCCUACCGGGUGCAUCCGCUGCCCGUUGUGCAGAGCACAUGUUGUCGGAGAGCUAACCUUGCCCACGACUGCAGCUGUUUGCACAGCAUGUUAUGGAAAUCAGCAGCUUCCAGGGCAAAGUCUGAGUUGUGUCUAUGUCUUGACUCACGGAAUCUGCAAGUUUGGGUUAGGCUUGGGAGCCUCGCUGCAUUCGCUGCCCAGCAUGGCUCCGCAGAUCCUGAUUGUUGGAGCCGGUGUGACCGGCUCCAUGCUGGCCCUGCUGGUCAAGGACAUGGGCCUUUCUGUGCGCGUGCUGGAGAAGUCGCGUGGAGCCGGCGGACGCAUGGCCACUUACACCUAUCGCCAAGGGGACCGCUCGUCCCCGGUGCUGGCUCAGGCAGAUCUUGGAGCACAGUAUAUCACGACUAGGAGCUCACCCGAUCAUCCGAUACUGGGUCCGCUCUACAAGCGGCUGUGCGAUGCUGGUGUGCUCAAGCCCUUCACUGCGGAGAUUGCAGGCCCCAAUCCCUACGGAGCUGCAAGUGCGGAUGUGCGACACUUCACAGCUCCGAACGGCUUGAAGUCAGUCUCUCAGUAUCUGCUGGAGUCGUCAGGUGUUCCGGUGGAUUGGGGUGUAGCUGUGGAUGACUUGACUUUGUCAGAAGCUGGAGAGGUCUCUGUGUCGGUGAAGGAAGGAACUCUGCCAGCAGAGGCGGCUGCAGCCAACGUGGUGGUGUUGACGCAGCCACCGCCGCAGGUUCUGGGUGCCAGUAAGUUUGGAAUGAGAGGCAGCUUUCUCCAGUACACACCAGAGGCCACGGCCGCAGGGCUUAAGAAGGUAGAGUAUUCCUCGCGCUUCGCUGUAGCCUACUUCUUCGACAAGGCCAAGGUGACAUGGCCAUUUUCCUGGACCUGCCAGUAUUUCGAUAAAGGUGACGUACGGUACGUAGCGCACGACUCGGCAAAACGUCACUCCACUCACGAGACCAUGAUCUCCGUGCUUGUGCAUAGCGGCGUUCCGCUUGGCAUUGAGUUAAAGGAUGAGGAGGACCCGUUCCCAACGGCGGCUGCACGCCUGCAGCGCGACCUCGAGGCCAAGCUGCCUGAACUGCCAUGGGGCGGAGCUGAGGGCUCGAAGGUCCACAAGUGGAAGUACAGCCAGGUCUACAAAGGCUUCGGUGGCGGGAAGCUUGCGCCUGACUGGGUAUGGCCUGCAGAAGAGGCCAAGGAGGCGGCCCCGGGCUGUGUGGACCUUUUCCGCACAGACACGGCGCUGGGUCUCCUUUGCGGUGAUGCCAUGGCUCCUUCUGGCAAUUUCGAAGGAUGCGUAUACAGUGCGCACAAAGCUGCGGAAGCAUUGCGGCGCCACUUCUGCAAAGUGCCGGGACUGCAAUCAUCCACGGCGGUGAACAACCGCUUUUGUUCGGCUGAGAGCGGGUCCUCGACUACGGGCACUCCGGUUGAAUUCUUCACCCUCCCCACGGGGAUUCUAAACGUAGUGCGGGCAGCGAAGAAAAUAGUGAGAGCCCGGGCCAAGGUCAGCUGUCCGGAAGACUUGGUCAUGUACGUGUGGUUUGACGCUCUCAUCAACUACCUCAGUGGUGUGGAUGGCAUCGAGCCCAAGAAGCCACUCAGCAGAUUCUGGCCUGCCCAAAUGCACAUAGUCGGCAAGGACAUCCAUUGGUUCCACACGGUCAUUUGGCCUGCCAUGCUGAUGAGUGCAGGAAUUGCGUUGCCCAAGAGCGUGGUGGUGCAUGGCUUCAUUGCCGGGGCCGACGGCCGAAAAAUGUCUAAAAGCCUGGGUAACGUCGUGGACCCUCACGAUAUGCUUGACAAGUUUCCUUGUGACACCCUGCGGUGGUACUUCUGCCGUGAGGCGGCUUUUGGGGAUGACGUCAGGUUCAGCGAGGAUUCCCUCCGGCUGAUGCACAACGCAGAGCUCUGUGAUAACUUGGGAAACCUGGUGAACAGAGCGGUGAAUCUCAGCAACGGCUCCGUACCCUCUUGUAGCGUUGACGUGUCUCUUCCCUUCGAUCUCAAGGAGCUGAAAGCUUCAGUCUCAGAGGCAUUCGAAGCCUACCGACUGUCUGAUGCAGCAGCUCUGACCAUCAAAGCGGCCGGGGACACAAACAAGUGGAUUGCUGACCUCGAGCCGUGGAAGAUGAAGGCAGCGGAGCAACAAGCGCUUCGGAGCGCCUGUCUCCGAAAGCUGCUGGAGGCGGUCUACGCGUUGGCCCACUUCUUUGCCCCCUUCAUCCCAAUAGCUGCAGAGGCCAUCUUUGCCAAGGUGGGCCAGCCUCCCAGGCCGAUUUCUGAGCUGCGAGACGACUUCACCAACUUGGUGGAGGGCAAGGAGGUCAAGGCUACAUCGUUACUUUUCAGCAUCCUGGAGGUGAAGAAGGUGGACGUGGAAUCCGCUGCGGAGAAGAAGGCCGAAGCAAAAGCUAAAGCCGAGUCAAAAAAGAAGUGA